AUGGCAGCAACCCACUUCAAGCUUAACACAGGCGCAGAGAUCCCUGCCUUAGGGUUUGGGACAUGGCAGUCACCGAAGGGAGAGACGAAGAAAGCAGUUGCGUACGCCUUAUCAGUUGGAUACACACAUAUUGAUUGCGCGUACUGUUACGGAAACGAAGACGAGGUGGGAGAGGGGCUCAAGGAAGCAUUCGACAGCGGCAUCAAGCGCGAGGACAUCUUCGUCACCACCAAGUUGUGGUGUACUUACCACUCCCGAGUGGAGGAAAAUCUCGAUAAGAGCUUGAAGAGCCUGGGAUUGGACUAUGUGGAUCUGUAUCUGAUGCAUUGGCCUGUGGCCAUGAAUCCAUUCGGAAACGACGAGAGGUUCCCUAAGCUGGUGGACGGGUCGCGCGAUCUGAUCAGAGAGCAUUCGCACAUACAGACAUGGAAGUCGAUGGAGAAAUUGCUGGCCACAGGCAAGGUCAAGGCUAUCGGAGUUGCGAAUUAUUCCUUGCGAUACCUGAAGCAGCUUCUGCCCGAAGCAACGACCGUCCCUGCCGUCAAUCAGAUUGAGAACCACCCCUCUCUACCACAGCAAGAAAUUGUGGAUUUCUGCCAUGAGAAAGGGAUCCAUGUCACCGCAUACAGCCCACUUGGAAGCACUGGCAGCCCAAUGAUGAAGGAGCCAGCAGUCAUCAAAGUUGCUGAGAAUAAGGGAGUCACACCUGCGUGUGUGUUGUUAAGCUAUCACAUUGCUCGAGGCAACUCUGUGCUUUCCAAAUCCAUCACCCCUGAAAGGAUAAAGGCCAACAUGCAGAUUGUGAAGCUGGACGAGGGCGACAUGAAGAUCCUGGAUGACUAUACGGCUGAAUUGACGAAACAGGGGAAGCUCACAAGAUACGUCUAUCCUGCCUUCGGAGUUGAUUUCGGAUUCCCAGACAAGUCAUAA